GAGCGUAUAUGUUAUUGACAAAAAUCUGCGGUCACACUAUACAGUACUAGGGCGUCUGCUUGAAAAAAGUGAAAAAGUGAUCGAAAAGUUUUUUGCUUCCAACUUGUGCAGUUGUGCAAAUAAAAGUACUAUGGCAGACUUAAACGACUCCAACGGCAACUACGACGACAACGAUGAGAUUACCGAGCCGGAGCAGCUGCGCAAGCUGUUCAUCGGCGGUCUGGACUACCGCACCACGGACGAUGGCCUAAAGGCGCACUUCGAGAAAUGGGGCAACAUCGUCGAUGUUGUUGUCAUGAAGGAUCCGAAGACAAAGCGGUCGCGUGGCUUUGGGUUCAUCACCUACUCGCAGUCGUACAUGAUCGACAAUGCCCAGAAUGCUCGUCCGCACAAGAUCGACGGACGCACCGUAGAGCCCAAGCGUGCUGUGCCGCGCCAGGAGAUUGAUGCUCCCAAUGCCGGGGCCACAGUCAAGAAACUGUUUGUGGGUGGACUGCGCGACGACCAUGACGAGGAGUGCCUGCGAGAGUACUUCAAGGACUUUGGCCAGAUCGUGGGCGUGAACAUCGUGUCGGACAAGGACACCGGCAAGAAGCGGGGAUUCGCCUUCAUCGAGUUCGACGACUACGACCCCGUUGACAAGAUCAUUCUCCAGAAGACCCACACAAUCAAGAACAAGAGCCUCGACGUGAAAAAGGCCAUAGCCAAGCAAGAUAUGGAUCGUCAAGGUGGCGGCGGAGGCGCUGGUGGUGGAGGUGGCAGUGGAGGCGGCGGCGGCGGUGGUGGUGGUGGCCGUGGAGGCCCCGGUGGACGCACAGGCGGUCGCGGAGGGGAUCGUGGAAGCCAAGGCGGCGGCGGCUGGAGCAACAACCGGCAGAACGGCGGUGGAAACUGGGGCGCCGGUGGCGGUAGCUUCGGCAACAAUGGCAACUUUGGCGGCAGCCAGGGCGGCAGUUCCGGAGGUUGGAAUCAGCAGAGCGGUGGAAGUGGUCCCUGGAACAAUCAGGGCAGCAGCGGCGGCUGGAACAACGGUGGCGGUGGCGGGGGCUACGGAGGCGGAAAUAGCAACGGAAACUGGGGAGGCAACGGCGGUGGCGGCGGCGGGUUUGGCAAUGACUACCAGCAGAGCUAUGGUGGCGGCCCGCAGCGGACCAACAACUUUGGCAACAGCCGGCCUGCUCCAUACAGCCAAGGCGGUAGCGGAGGCGGUUUCAACAAAACAUCUUCUGGCCUUGCAGGUGGAAAUCAAGGAGGCGGCGGCGGCGGCCAGGGCUUCGGGGGCAACAACUACAACACUGGAGGCGGAGGCGGCCAGGGUGGAAACAUGGGCGGCGGCAAUAGACGUUACUAGACAAGGUAAUCACGUAGAGAGUCAGUUCAAGCUUCAAGCUAGACAAACAGGCAGUCUAGGCGCAGGCAGACACAGACUCAGACAGGCACAGGCAGAGUCAGAGGCAGGCAAUCAGUGACAGUGAGAAUUGUGUGGGCGCGAGUGUGUCAGUGAAGGCAGACAAAUACCCGAAUAAAAAAUACAAUGCAAGAAAACAGCAAACAAGCCAGCUC